AUGAGAAGAGAUUUAAAUAAUUCUUAAAAUUAGUAAACAUUAGAAAACAUACAACCAAUAGGAACUAUGUAAUAUUCAUUAUAUUAAUCAAAGAUUUAGAUAUGAAUAAGCCUAUGAGUUAUUGAGUUAAGCAUUGCUUUCAAAUUCUAUCUAUGCAAUUGCUGUAUUAAUUUUAAGUUUUGAAUUUGCAUUCGAUGGAAAUAUGUUAUAUGUGAUCUAUUGCAUAUAUUCAAAAUUAUUCUUAUAAAUUCUCCAUCAAAUAUACUUUUAUAGAGCAUUUGCUAAUAUUAAUAUGUAAGAGCACAUUAUAUUUUUUAAAGAAAAUACAAUCAAGCCAUAAUGAGAUUAUUGUCACUAUUUUUUGAAGGAUGCUAUGUAUUAACAAUAAAUAUGUAUAUAAUCACUAGAACAAAUGAGUUAUUGUUAUUUUCAAACAUAUUCCCUGUUAUAAAUAUCUUUAUUUCAUUAAUAGUUAAGAUUAAUGAGGGAAAUUAGUAUUUUAAAGAAUCAGUACAAUAAAUCAAUUUGUUUUAUGUAUUUAGAAAUAUUUGUAUUUUGCUAAUAUCUAUAUUUUUCAGUUUAAAAAUAGAGGGAUAUUUUGAUAUUUAAUGGUUAUACACAUUAUGGAUGCUUUGGCUAUUAUUUAGUCUCUCAGCAUCAAUUGUUAUAUAUUACAUAUUUGUUGUAUUGGCAUUAUGUAUUCAAGUUAUUUUAGAAUAAAGCAGUCGUUAAAAAUACUUGGGUUUAUUAUUAUAAAUUAUAAUUAGUCAUAACAAAUGUAUGGAUAUUAAUAUUCAUGAUAUCUUGUUCCUCUAUGUUUUUUAUGAUACCAAUAUCAGUGUUAAAUUAUAAUUAUGGAAAUUAUUAAUUAGCUAUUGAAGUAAAUAGAAUAAUCUUAAUUGCCAACUAAAUUAUUAUAACUUAUUUUACUGUAAAAUUUAAAUCAGAAUUGAUAUCAGCAUUAUAAAUGUACUUAUCUCUUAAUGAUUCUGUAAAUCCUCUCCAUACUUUGGCUACUUAAUAAGUAGAUGCUUAACUUUAACAAUUUAAUAAAUAAGGUUUUAUAGAGAGUUAAGUUUCGGAAAAAUAAAUGUAAAUACCAAAAGUAGUUAAAAGAAUUUCGAAAACAUAUUUUGGAUUCGAUGAUUUUAAUUCAGAUAAAAAAUAAGAUUCUAAAGUUUUAGAAUAAACUAAAAAACCCACUCAUUAAAGAGCUUUAUCAUCUCAAAUUGAAAAAAACACAGAAUAAAUCAAUGAAAAAAUUAAACUUGCAUCAAUGAUGAAUUUUUAAAUUAUUGAAAAUGAAAAUUUAAAUGAAUUAAAAGGAACUUCAAUUUUGUAAGAUAAAUAAAUAGUAUAAUUUAAUUCUAAUUACUUAGUAAAAUUAACCUAGAUCAAUUUCAUUAUCAUCUAUUAAUUAAUGUUGUAUUUGUUUUGAUAAUGAUCCAGAUGCCCUAUUUAUGUAAUGUGGACAUGGUGGAGUAUGUUAUCAUUGUGCUUUAGAUAUGUGGAAAAAUAAGGAUGAAUGUUAUUUAUGCAGGAAGGUAUUAUGAUAAUUUAUAAUAAAAAUAGAAAAUUGAACGAGUGUUAUAGAUUUAAGUUUGUGAAAAUGAAAAGAAUAUAUAUUAAGUAGUUGGAGCUACAGAAUUGAAUUCAAAAUUGAAAAAAAGACAUAAAAUUAGUUAAUAACAUGAUUAAUGAUGAG